GCAAAGACCUGGAGGUAAGAGUCCCCUGCCUAGCCCUGCUCCUCCAAGCUCUCAGGUCAGAGGGCUCAGGCAGCCUCUAGAGCUCUUGUCUGCUGGGACCAUGGACUGGCAGCAGCUGUGGCUGGCCUUCUUCCUUCCCAUGACAGUCUCAGGCCGGGCUCUGGGGCCUACAGAGAAGGAGGCAGUCUUGGAUUACCUGUUGCAGUAUGGGUAUCUACAGAAACCUCUAGAAGGAGCUGAUGACUUCAGGCUAGAAGAUAUCACAGAGGCUCUAAGAACUUUCCAGGAAGCGUCUCAACUGCCCGUUUCCGGUCAGAUGGAUGAUGCCACAAGGGCCCGUAUGAAGCAGCCCCGUUGUGGUCUGGAGGAUCCCUUCAACCAGAAGUCUCUUAAAUACCUGCUUCUGGGCCACUGGAGAAAGAAGCACUUGACAUUUCGCAUCUUGAACGUGCCCUCCACCCUCUCACUCCCUGCAGUUCGAGCAGCCCUGCACCGAGCCUUUAAGUAUUGGAGCAGUGUGGCCCCCCUGACCUUCCGGGAGGUGAAAGCUGGUUGGGCUGACAUCCGCCUCUCCUUCCAUGGCCGCCAAAGCCCAUACUGCUCCAAUACCUUUGAUGGGCCUGGAAAGGUCCUGGCCCAUGCUGACAUCCCAGAGCUUGGCAGUGUACAUUUCGAUAAAGAUGAAUUCUGGACUGAGGGGACCUACCAAGGAGUGAACUUGCGUAUCAUUGCGGCCCAUGAAGUGGGCCAUGCCCUGGGGCUUGGGCACUCCCGAUAUACCCAGGCUCUCAUGGCUCCAGUCUACGCUGGCUACAGGCCCUAUUUCAAGCUGCAUCCAGAUGAUGUGGCAGGGAUCCAGGCUCUCUAUGGCAAGAGGAGGCCUGAGACAGAUGAGGAGGAAGAGACCGAGAUGCCCACUGUGUCACCAGUGACCACACAACCUGGUCCCAUGCCCAACCCCUGCAGCAGUGACGUGGAUGCCGUGAUGCUGGGGCCUCGUGGGAAGACCUAUGCUUUCAAGGGUGACUAUGUGUGGACUGUAACAGAUUCAGGGCCUGGACCCUUGUUCCAAAUAUCUGCCCUUUGGGAGGGGCUUCCUGGAAACCUGGAUGCUGCUGUGUACUCUCCCCGGACAGGACGGACUCAUUUCUUUAAGGGAAACAAGGUGUGGCGGUAUGUUGAUUUCAAGAUGUCUCCUGGCUUUCCCAUGAAACUCAACAGAGUAGAACCCAACCUGGAUGCAGCUCUCUAUUGGCCUGUUAAUCAAAAGGUGUUCCUUUUUAAGGGAUCAGGAUACUGGCAAUGGGAUGAACUGGCCAGAACUGACCUUAGCCGUUACCCCAAACCAAUCAAGGGACUGUUUACUGGAGUGCCAGACCAACCCUCAGCAGCUAUGAGCUGGCAAGAUGGCCAAGUCUACUUCUUCAAGGGCAAAGAGUAUUGGCGCCUUAACCAGCAACUGCGAGUGGCCAAGGGCUAUCCCAGAAAUGUGACACACUGGAUGCACUGUGGUCUUCAGACUCCAGACACUAACUCAUUAACUGGGGACGUUACUCCUUUGACCACAGACAGAGUCUUGGGUACCACUCCUUCAACCAUGGAUUCAACCUUGGAUAUUCCCUCAACUACAGACUCUGCCUCCCUUUCAUUCUCUGCUAAUGUCACCCUGCUAGGGGCCUGAGACUUAUUCAGUGUCUGCUCAUCAGAGUUGUGCGGAUGUUACCCAAAUGGGCACUAGACCUAAUGCCCUUAGAUAUUCCAAUUCUGGACACCACUUCCCUGUGUUCCUAGAAGGUGUCCACUUAAUUCUGAGUCAGUCCCCAAUUCCUGUUUCUUCUUGUCAUAUAGCUGUUUCAAGUGUGACAUCUAUUCUUUGGUGGAGGGAAACUGUCAAUCAGGAGGUUUUUUUGUUUGUUUGUUUGUUUGUUUUUUUGACAGGGUCUCUCUACAUAGCAUUGGCUAUGGCUAUCAGCUAUCCUGAAACUGUCUAUGUAGAUAUGCAAACCAGUCUGCUUUGAACUCAGAGAUCUACCUGCCUCUGCCUCCUGAGUGCUGGGAUUAAAGGCAUGUGCUACUGUGUGUAGCUAGUGCUCUAUUUAUUUUUAUUAUUAUUUUAGAUUUAAGGCAUGUAUUACCAUGUCCAGCUGUCAGCUGGGUCUUUAGCUGACAGGAGGCAACAGCUAACAGCUGGCUAUUGGAUAUGUGGGUUGUGUUCUUCCAACAAAAAGCACAAGAAAAUGUCAUGGCCAGUGAACUGAGCUUGGAAUUUGGAGUCUCUGAGUCUGACUAUGGCUUUUGGCUUGCGAAUUAACCUUGUCAAACCUAUUAACAAAAUAAGGUUAAUAUCAAUGCUACAGUACUGUUAGGUGAGAUACUGUAUGUGACGUGUCUGUCAGAUCCUGGAACAUUUGUGUUUAGUAAAGGCUAGCUUCAUGUUCCUGGGAGAGAA